AUGCCACCAUCGCCUGAACCCACAGGGCAAAGUCCUGUAGUUUCAAUCCACCCUCCUCCUCCACCAAUUCACUCUCUUCCACCACCAAUUAAUUCACCCCCACAACCAGUUAAUUCACCCCCACCACCAGUUCAAUCACCUCCCCCACCAGUCCAUUCUCCACCACCACCAGUCCACUCUCCUCCACCACCAGUCCAUUCUCCCCCACCUCCAGUCCAUUCUCCACCACCACCGGUCCACUCUCCUCCACCCCCGGUCCAAUCACCCCUACCACCAGCACCAGUCCACUCUCCACCAGCACUGGUCCACUCUCCUCCACCCCUAGUUCACUCUCCACCACCCCCGGUCCAAUCACCUCCACCACCAGCACCAGUCUACUCUCCACCACCCCCGGUCCAAUCACCCCCACCACCAGCACCAGUCCACUCUCCACCACCACCGAUCCACUCUCCACCACCCCCGAUCCAAUCACCCCCACCACCACCACCAGUCCACUCUCCACCACCACCGAUCCAUUCUCCACCACCCCCGGUCCAAUCACCCCCACCACCAGCACCCCCGAUCCAAUCACCCCCACCACCAGCACCAGUCCACUCUCCACCACCCCCGAUCCAAUCACCCCCACCACCAGCACCAGUCCACUCUCCACCACCACCGGUCAACUCUCCUCCACCCCCAGUCCAAUCACCCCCACCACCAGCACCAGUCCACUCUCCACCACCACCGGUCAACUCUCCUCCACCCCCAGUCCAAUCACCCCCACCACCAGCACCAGUCCACUCUCCACCACCACCGGUUCACUCUCCUCCACCACCAGUCCACUCUCCACCACCCCCUGUCCACUCUCCACCACCACCAGCACCAGUCUACUCGCCGCCACCUCCAGUCCAAUCACCACCACCACCUACCCAGUCUCCACCGCCUCCAAAAAACUCUCCUCCCCCACCUUCUCCGUCUCCUUCACCUCCUCCUCUCGUAGUCUCAUCACCCCCUCCAGUAGAUGACUUUGUCUUGCCACCAACCUUCGGCUCCCAAUACUCAUCUCCACCUCCACCAAUGUUCCAGGGCUACUAA